AUGGGAUUCCUAUAGCGCCAUGCCAUGUUCUUCAACUCAUGACUCUACCAAGUUGUUGUUGUCGCUCGAUAACCAUCAAAGUGGAAUGAGAAGAAGAAACGAUGACCAAGUUGCUCAAAACAUGUCAUCAUCAUUGACAAAAUAUGAUUGGGAUAUUAUCCAAUCGAUAGAUAACAAUGAGAUGUUGUCUUUCACUCAAAAGGUCAUGUGGAAGAAUUGGUUGAUUGAUUUGAAAACAAGAUGGAGUGAUACUGUCCAUCAUUAUAUGAGUCUCAUGUUGGAAGAGUUGAAACAACAACGUCGAUUUCGUACCAUAACGGAGGAAGAAGUACAAUCAUGGAUACAUCCGAUGAUGCAGACAUUUGAAAAUAUUUGGAAUAUUAUUCGUCAAAUGAUGAAUGAUUGGAAUAGAAUGAAACCCCUUACAGCAAUGGUGAGACAAUCAGAUGUGAAGACUAUACUCUUCGACUGGUUUUUACAACAUGCAUUCGAACCUUAUCCUUCAGAAGAAGAGAAAGAAUGGUUGGCCAUUCAAACGGGAUGGACUGCACAACAAGUGAAUCAUUGGUAAGUCAUGAGAUCAUGGAGAAAAUAAAGUAAAGUCUCUAUUU